AGUUAGCAGCCAUGAAACUGAAGCAUUUUCUGUUUUCGAAGCUUGCGAACAGCAAUCUAUCGAGAUCCACGAGGGCAUUGCACUCCGUUUCACCUUCUAUUUGCAGAAAUUCGACCACUACAGCAAACUCCAUUGCUCUUUCCCUCCCUCCUCCAGAAGACUAUGGCUUCUUCUCCCUUGUCAAUAACCCUAAACCCUCAAAUUCCAUCCCUUUCUCCUUCAGAUAUCUUCAUUCUGCUCAAGGAUCCCAGCUCGAAGAUUUGGAUAGUGAAUCGGAUUCCAGGGAGGAGGAUGGACUCAUGAACGAAUUCUUGUCCCGAUUCGUUUGGAUAAUGCGCGGGAAACUCUCUGAAGUGUAUCCGGAUUGCGACAAACAGACCAUUGACAGUAUGCUUUUGAUCAUUGUUGAGAAGGUUGUUUCGGAGAUGGAGAAGGGCGACCUCGAGACGAUGCUUGGAGCCACCGCAAGCAUACCAUCGCUUGAUUUCAGCGAGGAUUUGUGGAAAACGGUCUGGGAGGUCAGCAAUUCGGUCCUCAGUGACAUUAAGAAGGAAAUGAAGAAGGAAGAGAUGAAGUGGUUUCUCCAAUCCGAAGAAGUUAAAGAGAUGUGCCGAUUUGCUGGCGAAGUGGGCAUUCGUGGAGACAUGCUCAGGGAGCUCAGGUUCAAAUGGGCUCGAGAGAAAAUGGAGGAAUAUGAAUUCUAUCAGAAUUUGGAGCAUGUGCGAGAAGAAGCCCGAGCCCAUGAAGAAGCAGAAAAAGAAAGCAACAAAGCCGACGGCACAGACGAGGGGAUUGUUAUGGAUGGAGAUGUGGCGCAAGAGAAACCCAAAAUCGUUGCUCUUCCACGGAGACGGGGGGAGAUUAAGUAUAGGAUUUACGGUCUUGAUUUGUCAGAUCCAAAGUGGGAUGAAGUGGCUGAUAGAAUUCACGAAGCAGAGACGCUCAUUACGCCUGAAGAACCCAAGCCAAUUAUUGGGAAAUGCAAGCUCGUUACUGAGAAAAUCCUCUCUCUGAAGGAGGAAGAGGAUCCGUCUCCGCUGUUGGCCGAAUGGGUAGAGCUUCUCCAACCAAGCAGAAUUGACUGGCUUACUUUUCUUGGCAAGUUGCAGGAACGCAAUAUGAGUUUGUACUUCAAGAUUGCCGAACUCGUUCUCAAUGAGGAGUCUUUCCAAACAAAUAUCCGUGAUUAUUCAGAACUCAUUGAUGCUCAUGCCAAAGAAAACAGAAUGGAAGAUGCUGAGAGAAUUCUGAAGAUAAUGGCUGAAAAGGGUAUCCAACCUGACAUCCUAACAUCUAUGAUCUUGGUUCACAUGUACAGCAAGGCAGGCAAUCUUGACCGUGCAAAGGUGGCAUUUGAGAGCUUAAGGAGUCUAGGCUUCCAACCGGACAUGAAAGCCUAUCAUUCGAUGAUCAUGGCUUAUGUGAAUGCAGGCCAACCGAAAUUGGGGGAGUCACUGAUGAGAGAGAUGGAGGCAAGAGACAUCAAGCCCACCAAGGAGAUAUACAUGGCAUUGUUGAGGUCCUUUGCUGAACGAGGCCAUGUUGAUGGGGCUCAAAGGAUUGCCACCACGAUGCAGUUUGCAGGGUUCCAGCCUAGUUUGGAGUCUUGUGCAUUGCUUGUUGAGGCGUACGGACAAGCAGGUAAUCCUGAACAGGCCAGGAGUAACUUCGACUAUAUGAUAAAAUUAGGACACAGACCUGAUGACCGGUCCACAGCUAGCAUGGUUGCAGCAUAUGAGAAGAAGAAUAUGUUGGACAAGGCCUUGGAUCUGCUCUUGCAGCUUGAGAAAGAUGGGUAUGAGCCAGGUGUUGCCACGAAUACCGUCAUGGUGGAUUGGUUUUGUAAGUUACAGCUGGUUGAUGAAGCUGAGCAGUUGCUAGACAAGAUUGCUGAGAGGGGAGAAGCACCACCUUUCAAGCUUCACGUGGGCCUUUGUAAUAUGUAUGCGAGGGCUGAAGAUGAGAAGAAAGCUCUUCAAGCUUUGCGAGUUGUGGAGGCUAAGAAGGAGCUCCUGGGAGCUGAAGAGUUUGAGAGGGUCAUAAAUGGUCUUCUGGUUGGUGGAUUAGCAGUGGAUGCUAAAAGGGUGCAUCAGCUGAUGGAGGCUCAGGGCUUCUCUCCAUCAGAGCCUCUUAAAGUGGCUCUCAUGGCAUCUCAAGCAUUUCGGCGCCAAAGACCCCCAACAAGAUGAUGGAUCCGGUGAAAGAAUUGGUUACAUUGUAAUAUUGGUAUGCAUUGCCAAAUUAAGAUCCCUGAUAUAUAUUAGUGGUUCCCAGAAUGAAAUGUUUUCUCUCUCUCUCUUUACUGCUACUACCAAGUUGGCCAAACUUUUUCAAACUUGUU